ACGAAAGAGGAAGUUUUUACAGCGUAAACAAUGAAUCAUAGUGAAAAGUUGAAAAGUUAUAGAAUCCUUUUAUUCUAAUGUAUCUCAGAGAUUUGGUUUGGUUUAGUCCAGAUAACGUUGCCUAGUGCUGAAACUAACAACUAACUCAACAUAAACCAGCUCAAACAAACCUCAUGGCAGGAUCCGAGUCAAAAGCCGCCAAAGACUUGACUGCGGUGAUGGAGACGACUAUGCAACAACUCCAGAGCAGGUUUCAGAACUUAUCUGACCAAAUCAUCUCCAAAAUGGAUGAGAUGGGCACACGUAUCGAUGACCUGGAGAAGAACGUCGCUGACCUCAUGACACAAGCAGGAGCUGAGGAUCAUUAUAAAUCAAAUGGCUUUGAAGAGAGACCAAGCUGGCCAAAGCAUUGAGCAGAAAAGUUGGAGAAACUUGAAAUCAACGGAAUAUUUGUGUAUUAAUCUAUGCAUGUAUCAUUCACAGGUGCCUUAAUUCCUAUUUGACUUAGAUUUGUAUAUAUGAUCUGUAUCUUGUACUUAAAGCAAUAAACUUGUUUAGCUUUUUGUAUUAAAUCUUUCUAGAAUACAAUGCAAUAUUAAUAAACAAAAAUGAAAACAUGUAACACAUUAAUAAUAUAAGGUGCCUCUAGCUGACAACUUUCUUUUGAAAAUACAAAAAUCUGUCAUAAAACUAUGCAUUGGUGCAUUAGACUAAAAAGACAACACUGGUCCCUUUUUAAACAUAACAGAUAACUGAACAUAAGGGAAUACGUAUUGAUUUUUGCUUUCAUUUUGCUUGAUUUUGUUAGAUUUUGCACUUAGCACUGACAUAGUGUUUAUUACGCAGGAAGGGGUUUGUUCAGAAUUAACCAUUAUGCAACACUACACCAUGGUGCAACAUUAACUGAUGUUGGCAGGCAUUAAAUGAACAUUUGUAUACUAUAAUUUAAAUAUGUAAUUUAAUAGAACUAGAGUAUUAUAGUUUUUCACAUUAGUGUGGUUUAGUAACUGGUUACAUGUAAUGUGGAUUAUAUAAUCAGAUUCCGAAAAUUAAGUACUUGUAAUUAGAUUAUAUUGCGUUUCAAAAUGCUCUGGAUCAGAUUACAUGAUUACAUAUUAUUCACAUAAUGGCAGUAAAUUAUUCAGAAUUUAUCAAUUCACCCUAGUUCUUGUUUUUAUGCUACUAAUUAUGGAAGUUACUAAGCACUCAAUGCAUAGCAGUGAAAUACAGCUGAAGUCAAAAGUUUGCAUACACCUUGCAGAAUCAGCAAAAUGUUAAUUAUU